AAUGACAAAUCCCGCGAUUCUGUUUUGGUAAGACUUAUAGACUGGUUAUACUUUAGCCACAAUUUACUAACAAUUGUCUGCAUUAGUGAUGAGCCGACGAGUGGUUUGGACUCAUUUAUGGCCGAAAAUAUUGUACAGACAUUGAACGCAAUGGCGGCAAAGGGUCGGACCAUUAUCUGCACAAUACAUCAGCCCUCGUCUCAAGCCUUCAAACUCUUUGAACGACUUUUACUGAUAGCCGACGGAAGAGUGGCUUAUAUGGGAAAUAUUGGUAAAGUGUGUCAAUACGAAGCCAUGAAUACGUUUUCAUCGUUGGGAUAUAAAUGUCCCACUAAUUUCAAUCCGGCUGAUUUUUACAUUGAACAACUCGCCAUUAUUCCGGGCCGUGAGGAUGAAUGCAAAGCAAAAAUCAAUGAUAUUUGUGACAAUUAUACCAAAAACGGUGAACAAUUGGGACAGAAUGGCGAUCGUAAGGAGGCGUCGACGCCCUCCACUCCCGGCCGAGAGGACUCAUUCACUGAAAUAAAGCCCAAAUCAUACGCCGAUAUGUUGUUAAAACCGCCUAAAUAUCGGGUCUCGUAUUGCCAACAGUUACGGACACUGUUGUGGCGGUGUAUGCUUGUAGUGCUGAGGGAACCGGCUGUCAGCCAGGUUAGGCUCUUGCAAACUGUGGUGAUAGCCGUGAUUGUGGGGAUUGUCUACUGGAACCAGAAGUUGGACCAGAAGUCGGUGAUGAAUAUCAAUGGCGCUCUCUUUUUAUUGGUCACAAACAUGUCGUUUCAAAACACAAUGGCUGUCAUUAACGUAUGCAAUAAAAAUCAAUUAUCAUUUUAUAAAUUCACAGAAUAUUCUGUAAAUUCUGUUCCGUUACAGACAUUCUGUGCAGAAAAUCCGCUGUUUUUUCGCGAACACCACAACGGCAUGUAUAGAGUGGACGUCUAUUUCAUAUCCAAAUCGCUGACAGAUUUGCCAAUCUUUUUGUUAAUUCCCAUCAUAUUUGUCAGCAUUUACUAUUAUAUGGUUGGCUUUAAUCCGGAUAUCAGCGCCUUUUUGAUCGCUAUAUUAAUCGGUAUUCUCAUCACUUCAUGUGCCGUCUCUUUUGGAUACUUCAUGUCGUGUCUCACCUCAUCGGCAAACGUGGCCCUGUCUUUGGGUCCGCCACUACUCCUACCAGUUGUACUGUUUGGCGGAUUCUUCCUCAAUGCCGAUACAACUGCCUCGUGGUUGUCGUGGUUUAAGUACAUCUCAUGGUUUUACUACGGCUUCUCCUCAUUGAUCAUCAAUCAGUGGCGAGACCUGAAGCUCACCGAUUGCCCGGCAUUCCCGCCGACCCCUCCGGCCAUUAACGGUACGGCCGGUCAAUACAUGCCUAUUAAGUGUAUUAGCGAUGGUCUGGAUAUUAUUCAUUCAUUGAGUUUCGAUGAAAAUGAUUUGUUACGAAACCUAAUAUUGAUGGUAAUUCUGGCCCUUGUCUUACGCCUAAUGGCAUUCAUCGCACUCUUCAUCAGAUCCCGAGAGAGA